CCCCAGCCCUCAUUCAAAACAGAGGACAGCUGUUGCGAGCCGCGUCGUCGUGUUCCGAGCGUUAGCCUAAAAACUGAUAGCUGCACGCUGUCUUCUCAUGUACCCGCUGGAAUGUCAGCAGGAGGAUAAAGAGAAGAAACGGCGCACUUCGACGACAGGAGCCAGCCUCGCACACAGACGGAACACGACUGACAAAGGCAGCAUAACACAACAACAGACCGGUUGCACGUCCAGCACCAUGACCAUCUGACACACAACUGGGGGCCGUGUGUACUUUGCUGUAUUUAAAGACAAUGAGCGGUCUCCUGCGCUAGAGCUGGAUGGUGUGGGAAUGAUGGACCUCCCUAAUGGCCAAUCAAGCAUCUCCACCACUGCUGCAACAGUCUCUGAGAAGAGCAGCAGCUCAGAAUCUCUCAGUGACAAGGGUUCAUCAGAGCUGAAGAAGAGUUUUGAUGCCGUCGUGUUCGAUGUGCUGAAGGUCACUCCUGAAGAAUAUGCUGGCCAGAUUACCCUCAUGGAUGCUCCUGUGUUCAAAGCCAUCCAGCCAGAGGAGCUGUCAAGUUGCGGCUGGAACAAGAAGGAGAAACACAGCUCUGCUCCAAACGUCGUGGCCUUCACUCGCAGGUUCAACCAGACGAGUUUUUGGGUGGUUAGAGAAAUCCUCCACGCACAGACGUUGAAGAUCAGAGCGGAGGUGCUGAGUCUGUACAUUCGCACUGCCAAGAAACUGUGUGACAUGAACAACCUCCAUGCGGUUAUGGCUGUGGUGUCCGCUUUACAAAGCGCUCCGAUCUUCAGGCUCACCAAAACAUGGGCGUUACUCAGUCGGAAGGACAAGGCAACGUUUGAUCGACUGGACUACUUGAUGUCCAAGGAAGACAACUACAAACGUCUGAGAGACUUCAUUAGCAGCCAAAGCAUGGUGUCCUGUAUUCCAUACCUAGGGAUGUACCUGUCCGAUCUGACCUACAUAGACUCAGCCUACCCCUCCACAGGCAGCAUACUGGAGAACGAACAGAGAUCCAAUUUGAUGAACAACAUUCUCAGAAUCAUAUCGGACCUGCAGAGAUCCUGCACCUAUGAUAUGCAAGUGCUGCCUCACAUACAGAAGUAUCUCAACUCAGUCAGGUAUAUCGAGGAGCUGCAGAAGUUUGUGGAGGACGACAAUUACAAGUUGUCACAGAAGAUCGAGCCAGGCACCAGCACACCACGAGCAAACGCCUCCAAAGAGGAUCUUGUCGGCCAGGAAGCGUCUGCAUCUCCUCUCUGCGGUCGUAAAUGCACAAUAUCAAGUGAAGGACCCAAAGUCCCUGCCACUCCGCCCUCCCCCAGGAACCUGCUCCCUUAUGGACACAGGAAGUGCCACAGCCUGGGCUACAAUUUUAUUCAUAAGAUGAAUACAGUUGAGUUUAAAAGUGCUACGUUCCCUAAUGCGGGCUCUCGCCAUCUGCUGGACGACAGUGUGAUGGAGAGCCACAGUCCCACCAGAGGACAAGCAGAAAGCUCAACUUUGUCCAGCGGCAUUUCACUUGGGAGCAGUGAAGGCUCGGAGCUUAGUGAAGAAGUGUCUUGGCCGGCUUUUGAGAGGACUCGGUUCUAUCACUCUCUGGGCCCAGUGACCCGAGUGGCCCGCAUCCCCUACAGAGGAGUCCUGAGGCCCAGCAGCUCUGCGGAAUCAGAGGAGCUGGCGGUUCACUUGUACCCUGGAGCAGUCACAGUGCAGGGGGUGCUGAGACGAAAGACUGUGCUCAAGGAGGGCAAGAAACCAACAGUGGCAUCUUGGACCAAAUACUGGGUUGCCCUGUGUGGAACCCAGCUCUACUAUUACCCUGCCAAGUCCCUGAAGGCCACUGAGAGAAAACAUUUCAAGUCGACGUCCAGUAAGACUGUGUGUGUGGUGGGUCUGAUGGCCAUGAUGGCUGACGAUCCUGAGCAUCCUGAUGUCUUCUUGCUGACGGACUCAGAACACGGUAACACCUACAAGUACCAAGCAGGGAACCGAAUGAAUGCACUGCUCUGGUUCAAACAUCUGAGUGCUGCCUGUCAGAGCAAUAGACAACAGGUGCCAGCCAAUCUUAUGUCGUUUGAGUGACCGUUGCUGCAAAGUGUGAAAGAUCGAAGGAGCGAGGGACGAGGAGGACGAGGAGGAUGAGGAAGAGUAUUGACUCAGUAGUGGAGUGGGAGAUUUCACUGCCAUGAGCCCUGCCCGCCGAUUCUCCUAUUCUAGUCCCGGCCUCACUGCAGCCUCACCUGCCACCACUGCCUUAACUAGAAUAACCCUGUGUGUAUGUGUGUGUGUGCACGUGCGUGUGUGUGCGCUUGUACCUGUGAGGGUGUGUGUGUAUGGAUGGGAAUGUUUUGGAUUUACUAACUACUGAACAAGGACCCGGACCACUGCUCUCUCUCUCUCUCUCUCUCUCUCUCGUCUCCCAUUCGCUGUGUUUUAUGUUUUAACUGCGAGUGUUCAGCACUUCAGUGGAGCCAAUCAACUUCUCCUCUCUUCUCUCGCAGAUCGAAAUAAUUCUCUCUUUGCUUUCAUUAAGGGUCAAUCUAUUUUAAUCAUGUCCUCGCCGUGCCCGAAAGCUCGCUUCUCGCUUCCCUCCUUUGAAUUCAGCUGAAGCGAGACUCACACCACGCACACUCACAUUGGACGAACUCCUGUGACUUUUGAGUUUUUUUUGGAAAAACACCGUUUUAAUGAUUUGACACUUUUAAUUGUCUGAGUCACGUGAUUUUUUUACUUCUUUCACACACACACACACACACACUGGCAGAUGUGAUUGCAUGGUUGUAAAGCAAGGGCUCUGAUUUACAAUCAGUUCCAGAUGAUAUCAUUCUCACACUUGAUUGUUUCUAAUUUUUUAACACAGUACAGUAGCUCCCCCACUUGUGUGUGUGUGUGUGUGUGUGUGUGUGUGUGUAGCUGCAUUGGAUGGUGAGGGGGAAAAUGUUUGCUUAAAUGACAGGAAUCUCGUCUUGAGUUCCACAUUGGUACGAUAAUCUCAAAAUCUAAGCUAAGUGGUGUUAACGGUCGGGUAGACAAGCGUUUACGCUUCUUUUUUUUUUUUUUAACAAACCUUCAAACCUGUCUUUGCUCCUCGUCAUCGUCCACUCUCAGCCAUCAGCCCCGAGAGGUGACACUCUGUUCACCAGACUCACACAAACUAAACACUAAAGACUUGAAACUGUGAAAGAAUCCAAGAGAAAGCAGCAAGAGCACGAUUUUAUCCCUUCCUUCAUCUUCUUCUUGCGUCAUAUAGUUCCAUCCUCUGGUCUGGAGCAGACAUUCAAAGCUACCUGGAGCCAUACAAGUCUAUUUUAAAUCAUGCGUGUUCAUAUUGUCUUUUGUUGUUAGUUUUUCUUUCUCUUUCUUUCUUUUAAAUGUGGAGCGUUGGUGCAGUUCACAGUAUUACCAUGUAGUAGAUGAUUGCACGUUAUUGUAGAUUCUUUUUUUUUUUUGUCUUACAUUUGAAUGUUACUUUUUUGUGUGUUUUUUCUCCCUUUUGGAGCAGUUAUUUUGAAUGUUUUAUGUACAUGUGAAUUUUAUUUUCUACAUUUUUUUGGCCCCUUUUUCCAGUUUUUUUCCAUUAACCGGGAUCCAAACUGUAUUGAUAUCUGAUUUGGAGAUAGCAGAAAGCACCUUGGUUAUAAUUAGUGCCAAGCAAUGACCACUGUUGUAUUUUGUUGUGUUUUUCAGGACAAAGAAACUUUAGGAAGCGUAGAGCUGCAGGUGUAGGUGCUGGCGGGCGGCUGGGGGAAAAGAACCCAUCACAAAUGUUGUAGUGUUCCACAAAUAGACUGUGGUUGGUUGUGUUUUAGGCAAACCUGAUCAGGAUGGUGGUGGUGACAGUAAUGAGGUGCUUAUUGCCCCCGUAGUUAAAAAAGUAAAUUGUUUGUUUACACAAUCUGUCACGCAACAUCACAGUCUCCACACGUUACUUGCGUCUGCUUUUGGGAGAGACGAGAACUAAGUAGUGUUCUCACAGCACUGGAUUGUCUUCAGUGCAUCUAAUUUAGGGCUGAAAAAAUAGUAAUACUUCUAAUGAAAUAUCAGUUAAUUAAAGAUAUAGUUUUGCUCCUCUGUGAAAGUUGAAGAAAUCAGUUAAUUGUGUUUUUUCCUUUUAUAGAAAUAGAACAAACAUUUCACAACUCUUGAGGCAGAACCUUGAUAACUGCAGUGUGUAACCUUUCCACUUAACUCUCUAUGUGUAGCAGUGUUUUAUUUACAACAGCUACACGGGGUUAAUAAUACAUCUGAAUACAUCUUUAGUCCACAGGGGGGCGCUGGAAGUUCCACACUGGAGCUUUAACUGCAAUUAUGUGUUGUGUUUUCAAAGUGUGUUUCCACAAUGCAUAAACAUUUAGUUGCGUUAGUAUUGAAGAAAGUGAUAUUGUGAUUUUUAUUACCGAAUGAUUGACAUAACAUAACAUACAACACAUCCAUUCAGUUUCUUUUAGGUGUGACAAAUAUUACAAAGUGAGACAGUGACUGUUCCGUCAGAAUACACUCAGUCUUUUGUGGAUGCACCUGUGGAUGAAUGAGUGAGGAAGCCAAAGACAGGCUGUUGGUGAUGCGGCUAGUUAUUCUAAGUGUGUGUGUGUGUGUGGAGUUGUGUGCCCUUGCACACUUCUCUAAACUUUGUUUUGUAAUUCAAGCCCGAAAGGCAAAUCCCUUCAGGCUGCUGUCACUGCUGAGCAGUGGAGUUAACCUGUCACCUCAUCAUCUGCAUGACUGAUGAACCUGCCAGCUCACGCUUACGAGUCCACGUCGGCUUGUGUUGCACGAGACGCGUGAGGUACAAAAAAGAUAUAUAAAAAAAGGAAAGUGGAAACUGUGCUCGUCUGUGGCCUGAGCGUUUUAGACGGAACAAAAUCCCUGAGCUGAAGCACUAUGGAGGCUGAAUGUUACUGGUGUUUUUAUACCACUGAUGGUCCAAAGGACAAGAUGGCUGUGAAUGAAUCAAGUGGAUUGGGUGAGAUAAGAGUUUUAUGGUGAGGGUCUUUUGCUGGCGUUUAAAGUUAAUCUGCUGUGAUUUGGGAACAUUUAACAAAUCGGUUGAGCCAGAAAUGAUGCUGGAAAAAAAAAAAGGUAUAAACAAAGCCACAGUGUAGACGGAUAUUUGUUCUUUGUGAUGUUGACUAAGAAAUCUGAAGAGAUGCUUCUAAUGUGGAUUCCUGAGUUACAUUUUAAAUCGAAAAAAGACCGGAGUUGAGCUUUCUUUUUGUGGGGGGGGGAGGGGCAUCUUGGAGAGCUUCUUUGAAUUCCAGCAAUCUUUCCCUUGACAAAUCCCCAGACAAUGUCGAGCACAUUAUGUGAGUUUUUCCUCACUGUAACCUGAGUUUACAUGAAUUUCUCCCUCUAAUCAUUUCUGUACGACGCAUGGUCAGUGUGAUGGAGAAACCGUUGUUCUUUUCUGUUUUGUGAUUUAAGGUGAUUUAGUUCUUCCAAGGCCAAAAAUUAACAUAAUGACCCCAACAAUCCUCUGUUUUUGGAUGAGAUGAGAAAAUUCAAAUGUCACUCGCUCAUGUAAGAUAUUUCUUUCUUCUUUUUUUGUUAUUAUUAUGAAGAAACUUGAUGUCGUUCUUCUCUUUGCUGUGGUCACACUUUCAUGUCGUUGACCAUCCUGUCUUCAAAUGCACAAUUUGCCCUGUGUUCACUGUUUGCAGUGGAUCGUACCGUCUGAAAUGAUCCUUUUUAACCGUUGUGAAAAAAAUGUGUAAAAGCUGAGAUGAAGGGUUCAACCUGGAGGAAGUUUGAUGAGUGUGGUGAUAUGACGUGUUUAUUCUUUGGUGGGAAAGAAAAAAUGGAACUAAUGUGAACCUGUGCCUCCUGUGCACUGGCCAGGCAUCAAUUCACUGUUUACCGAGGACAUUAACAGCAACCUUCAGCCUGUCAAAGGUGUGGAGGAUGAUGUGUGUGUGUGUGUGUGUGUGUGAUCUUUGCUCAUCACCCUUUACCCGCCUCCGUGUGUCUGUCUCCGUCUGCCCGUGUCAUGACUGUGGCGAGCGCUGUGACCUCACUGCUGAGUGAUGUGCUGCCUGGUGUGAAGACUGAGAACCAAUAAACACUCUGCCCUUUUUUUUUUUACUCCACA